CCUAUAGGUACAUAUAUGAAAUUAAAAAGAACUUAUGCUAGCCUCACAUUUUAGAUCGAUGAUGAUUGUACCCAACACUCCCUUUAAUAUUAAACAAAUUACCAUUUGAUUUUUAUCAGUUAGUGAAAGUAUUGCUUGAAAGUACAUAUAUGAAAUUAAAAAGAACUUAUGCUAGCCUCACAUUUUAGAUCGAUGAUGAUAAUGAUAAGUCAGUGGUAACAGCUGAAUGACAAUUUUGCAAUCAGUUUAUUUAUAACGCUUAACUUAGUUUAACAGCUCCAAUAUGAUAACAAAAAAAUAAAAAAGGUUUUCUGGCGAAAAACGACCACUCAUAAAACUUAUGUGUGUAGUUGGGUCAUAAAACACUCAUAUUAAAGGUAUUUAUGAAAGCUAUAUACGAUUUCCAGGAAACAUUUUGAAGAGCUUCGCUCUUCUGGCACCUAACCUAUCGAGUUGCUAAUCAUUAAAUUGAGUGGAGUUAGUGGAACCAAUGUCAAUCGAUAAAGUGCUGCAAAUGCCAACUUUAUUUUUACCUCGUCAUAUCGUCAUAGCUGCUUGGUUCACCGAAAAAGUACAUGUCGAUUAGUCAGGAAAGAUAACAAGUGCGAUAGGGCAGUGUUGUCAUUAAAUGGCCGGCGAUUUCAGUGCAUGGCCCACCGCAAACAUGAACAGCACAUGGGUGAACACGCCUCCAGACACGGAAAUGGUGACCGUAGCCGUGGCCCCUCAGCCAGACUGUGGGGUGGUGGUGACCCAGAUACCCAUAUACACCCUGAACGGGGUGGGGGCGGGAGCACUUCCGCUAACUGUUGGCUGGCAGCCGAUGAGGGUGAGGUGCCCGUCCUGCAAGGGUGAAGUCACUACCAGUCUGCUCACGGCCCCCACCCGAAAGACCCACCUGUGCGCCCUGACCUUGUAUAUCUGCUGCUGCUGGCCCUUCGUGUGCCUGCCCUACUUUAUUAACUACUGCAAGAGUGUCCAGCACUACUGCCCAAAUUGUGGAUGCCACAUAGGAAGCUACGGCAUUUGAUGUGAUCAAGCUUCUUUGCAAUGCCAGUAAACAUUACAUGUAGUCUUUCUAAAAACUUCAA